CUGAAACGUGCAUAGAAAAUAUCCUCCCUUGUAUUAUCCUGUACAUGCAUGCAUGAUUGCCUGGCCACUUUCCUUUGCAAAUAUGGAGGCCAGGUCAGAUCAGUUUAAUUUCCAUUCCAAUAGUGGACAUUCUAUCUCUUCCACCCACCCUCCACAGUUGUGGAUGAACCACCCGUUUUCUCUUUCUUCAGGCUCUCAUGCCCGAAGGUUUGAUCACUCACUGAAUGAACCUACACUCGCCCAGCGGACCGCCGCGUUUCGCCAGUUGAAUCGCUUGCCACAGCGGGCCCAGCGCAUACGUCGUCAGACCACUUCUAUUGGUAGUCGCUCAUCCUUCCCGUCGCAGCCAGUUAUUGUAAAGACAUAUUCUGCAGAGACAGAUGCGCGGAGCACAAUGUCACGACAUAUCUCUCGUUCUGAACGCCAUCCACCCGCAAAAUUGCCACCAGUGCAGGAGUUCGGUAUCGAAGGAAUUCUUCGAGCGAUAGAGCCAGAUAUUCGAAAUACUCUUGAUGCCAUAGCAGAAAUUUGUGGACGCAGCAAACUCAGCCUUGCCAACGAGUACGGCAGUCAUAGACCGCCACUGGGAGAGAUUCGUGCACCGACUAGGCCAAUGGACCACGGGCUUCUUGCGGUGGAAGAAGCCACCUCGAGCAGCGAGCGGUUGGCUGACAAGAACAUAAUAGUUGUUGGUGAUGAUAUAAGUACCGUUGACGGGCGGGAACAAUAUUCAUCGAGAUACGGUUUUUUUGAGAGCAUGCAAGCCAAUAUCGGUGCUCUAGACUAUCGAUUUCCCUUUCCUCCUUGGAAUGAAAGCGAUCCCCAAGUAGCGAUCCCCAGGAGGAACCCUACGCCGGCAGGCGAAUCAAGAGGUCAGUCGCAAUCUCACGAGUGCCAACCGAAGUUGAGGCGUUCGUCGUUUCCAUGGGCGCUUCUUGGACGAAGUGGAGACUUUGGUAAUCGUGCUGGCCGGCAGUCGAUCCAGUCUCGUCCCGUCAUUUCGGAAGUUCACCUCGACGCCCAAGCUAGCAGCACAGACCAACAGCUCGAUGGGAUGGACUUGCCCACUCAGCUGGAAUCCAGGCAUACCCGCGAGACCGAGCCUGGUAACCCGAUGCUCAAAUAUGCGGCACACAGGCUGUCAUUUCUUUCUGAUCUUCGAGGGCUGCUUAAUCGCUUCAAGAAUGUUCGCCAGCAGAAUCGUUUGAGCGACAAUGAAGCCUGUGUAUCGGCAGAGAGGAAUCUGAGAGAGCUUUUGCAGAGACAGAAUACAUAUCUACUGGCAAGAGAUGAACACCACCAGGUUUUACAUGUUGAGGCUGCUUAAGGUAAUAACGAUGCAUAUCACGAUAUAAUGUACGACAUUUCAUUUGACAAUCCGAUGCUUGCACAGUGGGUAUGACGCACCUCUCUUUUCCGAGCAGGCAAUUUGAAUUAUGAAGUUACGGCCAAGUAAUGAUUUCACGAUUGAUUCACCCGCACUCAUGACAAUUUGAUUCAGCAACUUUGUGUAUUAAUUAUACAGCCACAGUGACCAGAGAAAAAAUUGGGCAAUUUUCAAUUUUA